AAGCCAUAACACACCAAGCUUAACAGAAAAAUCUGAUACGCUUUCUGAGUUUUUUAAUUCUUUAUUUGUUUCGUCAGAGCAAUUCAGAGGAAUUCUUAUGACGUUGAUGUUUUCUUCUUCUUCUAAUGUUGGGGCGCUUGGAUCCAAGUGUUUCAGUAAGGGUUUUUCAUCUGAUUCAGAUGGCCUUAGGCUCACAAGCCCCAGGCAUAAUAGAGCUGUGUCCCUGAAGAGUAAUAUUAGUACUGGUACAACUUCCAGAGUUAAUUGUCUGAGAAGCAGUAGGCGUUUGAAGACUUUGUGUGAGGCUUGCACAAUGCAGUGUGAUGAAAAGUUGAUCCAUGAAAGCCCCAGUGGGAGAAAGGCUCAGAAUGUUAAAGGAGUUCCUGUUUUUGUCAUGCUGCCUCUUGAUACUGUGAAUUUUAAUGGCAGCUUGAACAGAAAGCGUGCUAUGAAUGCCAGUCUUUUGGCCCUGAAAAGUGCGGGAGUGAGAGGAGUUAUGGUCGAUGUGUGGUGGGGUUUGGUUGAAAAGGACGGCCCUAUGCAGUACAACUGGUCUGGUUACAGAGAGCUUGUCGACAUGGUGGCCAAGCAUGGAUUGGAGCUUCAGGCUGUCAUGUCGUUUCAUCAGUGUGGAGGCAAUGUUGGCGACAGUUGCAAUAUUCCUUUGCCUGGAUGGGUUCUCCAAGAAGUGCAUCAAAAUCCGGAUAUGGUGUAUACUGACAAACAAGGAAGGAGAAAUCACGAGUAUAUUUCACUGGGGUGCGACACCAUGCCUCUGCUCAAGGGAAGGUCACCCAUUCAAGUUUAUACGGAUUAUAUGGCCAGUUUCAGGGAUACAUUCAAGGAUGCGCUUGGGAAUGUCAUUGUGGAAAUUCAAGUGGGCAUGGGACCUUGUGGUGAACUGAGGUACCCAUCGUACCCUGAAAGCAAUGGGACAUGGCGCUUCCCUGGGAUUGGAGAGUUUCAGUGCUAUGACAAGUACAUGAAGGCAUCACUGAUGGCUUGUGCAGAGGCAGCAGGACAGAGCGGUUGGGGCAAAACAGGGCCUCACGAUUCAGGGUACUAUAGCCAGUUCCCUGAAGACGCCGGAUUCUUCCGCAGAGAAGGAACAUGGGACUCAGAUUACGGCCGCUUCUUUCUCAAGUGGUACUCAGAAACCCUGCUUUCACACGGUGACCGUCUUCUGGGCGCCGCUGCGGGCGUUUUCCAGGGCACCGGAGCCAAGCUUUCCGGCAAAGUAGCAGGAAUCCAUUGGCACUACGGCUCUAAAUCUCACGCUGCAGAGCUCACCGCCGGCUACUAUAAUACCAGACAAACAGACGGCUAUCUUCCCAUAGCUCGUCUCUUCAAAAAGCAUGGCGUUGUUCUGAAUUUCACCUGCUUUGAAAUGAAAGAUUAUGAACAUCCUCAACAUGCUCGGUGCAGUCCAGAAGGCCUUCUCAGGCAGGUUACUACUGUCUGCAGACAGAAUGAUGUUCAGAUUGCUGGAGAAAAUGCCCUUCAGAGGUAUGACGGUGGAGCUUAUGGCCAAAUCAUUCAUAACUCAAAUCUCAAGCUGCAGGGCAAUUCAGAGCAAAAUGCGAGGCCAAUGAACGCUUUCACUUAUCUGAGGAUGAAUCCACAGAUGUUUCAGAGUGAAAACUGGCGACAGUUUGUGUGGUUUGUGAGGAACAUGUCUGAGGGUCGAACCCUGCACCAUGGCGAGGAAGAGCACAGGCAAACUGAGCUCAAAUUUAAUGCCAGCACGGCUCUCAGAAAUGAGGCUGCAGCUCUCAUGCACGCUUAGAAAAUUAUGGCAAAUUCAUUUACUACCCAAUAAGAGUAUUUCACUUCUAUGUUCAGGUAUAAAUCCUGGCUUAUACAGAGACAAAGUAUGUAUAUAGGAUUAAAAUAGAGAAUUUGAAAACAACGAUGAUUUCUGUUUUACAGGUGCAAAAAUACAGGUCCUUCAGGUUCCCCCGUUUAUUAUGUAAAUUAUAGAUUUGCUCAAGGAGAAGCGAGGGGCCAAAAUAAAAAUUAUCGAUUGUAACCAGAUUUUAAGAAGUUUUUUGCACUUCAUUCAAUCUGGUGAGAAAAAAUAAAAAUUAAUAAAAUAAAUAUUUGAAAUA